CAGCCCGAGCCAGGCAGGGAGGGAGGCGUCGCUGGGCGGGUGGCUGUCUUUCGGCGGGCGGCGUCCCUCCCUCGUGUUGGGGGUCCCCACGAUGCGCGGGGCCCCAGGCGGGAGCCAUGUCUCGCGCGGGGGACGAGGAGGAUCCGCCCCAGCCUCCCGGGGCCGGGGAGCUGCCCACGCUCACGCCGGCAGGGGGGCCGCCUCGGGAGGAGCAGCGUCCACUCAAGCAGUCCCUCAGCAGCUCUCUCUGCCGUGAGUCCCACUGGAAAUGCCUCUUCCUCACCCUGUUGAUGUUUGGCUGCUUUGGCGUCAUGGCUUGGUGCCGCCUCUCGACAGUGACCCGCCUGAAUUACGACAGCUCCUACCAAGGGACCUCGGUGGUCUACCACGACAGCCCCUGCUCCAACGGCUACAUCUACAUCCCACUGGCUUUCCUGGGCAUGCUCUAUGUGGUCUACCUUGUGGAGUGCUGGCACCGCUUCGCCAAGGGGCAGAUGCAGUACCGCGUGGACACGGCCAGUGUGUACGAGAAGGUCCAGCGCAUGCAGCAGGCCACCCCGUGCAUCUGGUGGAAGGCCAUCAGCUACCACUACAUUCGCCGCACCCGGCAGGUCACCCGCUACCGCAACGGGGAUGCCUACACCACCACCCAGGUCUACCACGAGCGGGUCAAUACCCACGUGGCCGAGACAGAGUUUGACUACUCUGGCCACGGGGUUAAGGACGUCUCCAAGGAGCUGCUGGGCCUUUCAGAUUACCCUGUCACCAAGCUCCGCUUCACCAAGUGCUUCAGCUUCGCCACCGGAGAGGCGGAGGCGGCUUACCUGACCCAGCGGGCCCGCUUCUUUGGUGAGAACGAGGGCCUGGAUGACUACAUGGAGGCCCGCGAGGGGAUGCACCUCAAGAACGUGGACUUUAAGGAGCACAUGCUGGUCUUCCCUGACCCGGGGCGCCCCCCUUGGUACACGCGGCGCUGGGUCUUCUGGCUGGCCUCCUUCCUCCUGCUCUCCUGGCCACUCCGGGUGCUGGCCGAGUACCGCAUGGCCAACGUCCACUACCAUGUCGAGAAACUCUUUGGGGCGGAUGAUGGUCCUAGCCCACUGGACACCUCGGGGGCGUAUGGCCGGCGCAUCUCUCGGGUCAACACUGUGGACAUGACUGAGCUGGAAUGGCACAUCCGGUCCAACCAGCAGCUGGUGCCGAGCUACUCCGAGGCCAUCCUUAUGGACUCGUCCCUUGUCGCCGGCACGGCCUACCUCCGCAGCUGCCAACGUUGCCGCCGGACUGUCAGCAGCAACUCCCUGCCUUCCCGAGGCACCCGGGCCCUCUACGCCCGCCUGCCGUUCAGCUGCAGCCGCUUCUCGCUAGGUGGCACGCGCCGGUGCGGGGGAAUCCUCCGCAGUUUGAGUGGCAGCCACGUCGGCAGCAGCAUCGAGACCGAGCCGCUGGAGAGUCCUCCCUGCUACCAAGACGCCCUGUACUUUCCGGUCCUCAUUGUGCACGGAGGGGAGGGCUGCCAUCGCAACGGGCAGAGGCCAGGCCCGGCGGAGAGGGCUUCGGGGACCCCGCUGUGAUCCGAGGCAGACAUGUUGACGCUGAGCCCCAUUGGAGAAAAAUAGAACAGGGACACGCAGGAUACCACCCUUUCUCUGCUGACCCGUUUCCUUGGCCGAAAAGCCCCCGAAAGUGGGCUCUGUCUUUGGUUGAGACCUCCCACCUGUUGACGUCCCCCAUCCCCAAGGAGUCUCUGGAAAAAUGCAAAGAAUGGUCCUGAUUGUCAACAUUACAGUAGAGUCUCGCUUAUCCGACAUCAACAGGCCAUUGCAUAAGUGGAAAUGUUGGAUAAUAGGGAGGGAUCAAGGAAAAGUCUAUUAGGGGUGGUGAGGUGCCGUGGCGCAAGGGUUGAGUGCAGCAGGUUCACCAAAGUCCGUGUACCUAGCACGCACCAGUUAGGUCCCGUCUCUCCUGGCGGGCGCUUGGUGCAUGUAGCUGUUAGAGAGAGCAGGGGCCGACACUCUCCCUUCCUUCUGGGGCCUCCCUUCCCCGCCCCCCUACCCCGCUCUCUCCCUCCCUCGCUCGCUCUGGGCUCUGUCUUUGGUUGAGUCCUCCCACCUGUCGACGUUCCCCAUUCCCAAGGAUUCUCUGGAAAAAUGCAAAGAAUGGUCCUGAUUGUCAACAUUACAGUAGAGUCUCGCUUAUCCGACAUCAACAGGCCAUUGCAUAAGUGGAAAUGUUGGAUAAUAGGGAGGGAUCAAGGAAAAGUCUAUUAGGGGUGGUGAGGUGCCGUGGCGCAAGGGUUGAGUGCAGGUUCACCAAAGUCCGUGUACCUAGCCGGCACCAGUUAGGUCCCGUCCCUCCUGGCGGGCGCUUGGUGCAUGUAGCUGUUAGAGAGAGCAGGGGCCGACACUCUCCCUUCCUUCUGGGGCCUCCCUUCCCCGCCCCCCUUCCCCGCUCUCUCCCUCCCUCGCUCUCACUGGGCCAGGUCCCGGCAGCAAAGACAGUGGUGGCAAAACCAGGAACCCGGCAUCCGUCGGAAGAGGAAAGAUGCAGCCAGCACUGUCGUACAUCCGUGCCCGGUGGACCCGCUGCGCUCAAUUUUUGUGCAGCGGUGCUUUUCUGGUCGCCAAUUUAUGCGUGCUUUUUAGGGACGUCGGAUAAUACAGACUGUCGGAUGAGUGAAGGUCGGAUAAGCAAGACUCUACUGUACCUUGUUUUGCACAAUUUGUUGCUUUGGAAAGGCUUUCGAGAUGGAGGAAAGGAGAGAAAGAGCGUGAUAGGUUUCUCAGAAAAUAUUUUGAGACUAGGUGGAGGAAAGCGGGGAAUGUUGCAAGGAAAACAGAGGGUCUUUAGGGGCAUUGGAUAAUACAGACUGUCGGAUGAGUGAAGGUUGGAUAAGCAAGACUCUACCUUGUUUUGCACAAUUUGUUGCUUUGGAAAGGCUUCCGAGAUGGAGGAAAGGAGAGAAAGAGCGUGAUAGGUUUCUCAGAAAAUAUUUUGAGACUAGAUGGAGGAAAGCGGGCAAUGUUGCAAGGAAAACAGAGGGUCUUUAGGGGCAUUGGAUAAUACAGACUGUCGGAUGAGUAAAGUUGUCGGAUAAGCAAGACUCUACUGUACCUUGUUUUGCACAAUUUGUUGCUUUGGAAAGGCUUCCGAGAUGGAGGAAAGGAGAGAAAGAGCGUGAUAGGUUUCUCAGAAAAUAUUUUGAGACUAGAUGGAGGAAAGCGGGGAAUGUUGCAAGGAAAACAGAGGGUCUUUAGGGGCAUCGGAUAAUACAGACUGUCGGAUGAGCGAAGGUCGGAUAAGCAAGACUACUGUACCUUGUUUUGCACAAUUUGUUGCUUUGGAAAGGCUUUCGAGAUGGAGGAAAGGAGAGAAAGAGCGUGAUAGGUUUCUCAGAAAAUAUUUUGAGACUAGGUGGAGGAAAGCGGGGAAUGUUGCAAGGAAAACAGAGGGUCAAAAGGAGCAGUGCGGGAAUCGACACUUCCUCGUUGCUUAGGAGGUUGACACCGUUCUUUGGAGAGAUCUGUUUUCGUAGUGAUGUUCCACCCAUCCACAAUCACGAGGGCUAAACUCAUGCUUAGAACAUCAAAUCCUGGGCUCUGCUUGAAGCUUGUGGGUGUGGGAGACCUGCUCAUUGGCUUUAGAGGCAAGGGAGGAGAGAGAGGACGUGAAGGAUGUAUUGUCAAACGCUUUCAUGGCCGGAAUCACUGCGUUGUUGUAGGUUUUUUCGGGCUAUAUGGCCAUGGUCUGGAGGCAUUUUCUCCUGAUGUUUCGCCUCCAUCUGUGGCAAGCAUCCUCAGAGGUAGUGAGGUCUGUUGGAACUAGGAAAAUGGGUUUAUAUAUCUGUGGAAUGACCAGGGUGGGGCAAAGGACUCUUGUCUGUUGGAGCUAGGUGUGAAUGUUUCAACUGACCACCUUGAUUAGCAUUUAUUAUUAUUUAUUAUUAACUUUAUUUGUACCCCGCUACCAUCUCCCCAAGGGACUCGGUGCGGCUUACAUGAGGCCGAAACACAAUAACAAAAGCAAAUAAAUGUGAUGGCCUGGCAGUGCCUGGGGCAAUCUUUUGUUGA